AUGGAGCAAGAAAAUCAAUCCACAGUCACCGAUUUCAUUCUCCUGGGUCUCUUCUCAGACUCUCAGCAUCCUGGUUUUCUUGUUGCCAUAAUCCUUCUGAUUCUUAUGGUGGCCACCACUGGAAAUUCUAUCCUGGCCUUGCUGAUCUGGAGCGAUACCCACCUCCACACACCCAUGUACUUCCUGCUCAGCCAGCUCUCCCUCAUGGACCUCACACUCAUCUCUACCACCGUCCCCAAGAUGGCUGCUGACUUCUUCUCAGGACACAGAGGCAUCUCCCGCAUCGGCUGUGGAGUUCAAAUCUUUCUAUACUUGAUGUUAGGAGUAGCUGAGUGUGUUCUGUUGACCCUUAUGGCCUUUGACCGCUAUUUGGCCAUCUGUAGUCCUCUGAGAUACCCAGUCUUGAUGACCUCCAGAGUCUGUGUGCAAAUGGCUGUGAGCUCAUGGACUGGAGGUGUUCUUAUCUCCCUAAUGCACACAAUUUAUGCCAUGCAUUUUUCUACCUGUGGCUCUAGGCAAGUUCACCAUUUUUUUUGUGAAGUCAUGGCUCUUCUGAAGCUGGCUUGUGAGGAUACUUCCACCUAUGAGAAAGUGGUGUUAGUGUCAGGUAUCACUUUUCUGCUUAUUCCUUUUGGACUCAUCUUGACCUCUUACAUUCUCAUCUUUCUCACUGUCCUUCGCAUGAACUCUCCUGAGGGAAAGAACAAAGCUCUGGCCACAUGCUCCUCCCAUCUCAGUGUGGUGAGCCUCUACUUUGGCCCAGCCAUGAUUAUCUACAUGACUCCAGGUUCAUCCCUCCCUGCAGAAGUGGACCAGAGACUUUUUGUGUUCGAUGUUCUCAUCACCCCAAUGCUGAAUCCCCUGAUUUACAGCCUAAGAAAUAAAGAAGUGUUAGGGGCUCUGAGGAAAGUGCUGGGAAGAAGGCUGAUGAUUAAGCAGGAGAGAUAA